UCGCCAGUCGAUAUUGUGUCUGUGUGUUAUCAGUGACAAGUUUGGUGUCAGAAGCAUGGCGCCUUUCGUGAUUACUUGAAACGUCGGACUCUUAAUUGGAAUUAAUCGAAUAAACGUGCAUAAUUUUUAGCAACAGAAAUUGGCUUUUGAAGAAUAUAUCGGUCGUCACGCAUCCGUGAAAUAAUCGACGAAGUACGUCGUAUAAUUGGAUCUUCAAAGUACACAGGAGAACGAUAACCUCGAACAAUGGACGAAACCUAUUUUGAUGAAGGUCCAGCGGGAAAUUUCGAAACAGCAACACUCGAAAUUACCAAAGACCUGGACGAAAAUGAACUCCAUAAGUCGAAUUCUGUGCCUGAUGGAAUCAAUGGUACGCGAAGAAACAUGGAAAACCAAGAUAAUGCAUCAAAUCAAAUUCCAAUGUCAAAGAACGUUUCCAAUAUUCCUUUCAAGCAUAUAGAUAUACGUUCCUUUUUUGUGGAUAGAAACGAAGUUGUAGAAAGAGCUAUAAAAGAUUGCCAAGAUAGUUUGAUAAACGAAGAAGAAAAGGACAUAGUUGGGAGCUGGCUCUUGACCGAAAUAAGCUUAUGGGAUAUUGAGAAGGAAAGACUUAUAGUACUUACCAAGAAAGCUCUCUACUCUGUAAAAUACGACUUUAUUUCCUUAAAAAUACUUGAGUAUAAUAGAGUACCUUUAUCGCAAAUCGAUACUCUAAUUUCGGGUGAACUGAUUUAUCCAUCUUCGUCUUUAACUCCACGAUUAAGUGGAUUGGCAGAGGGCAUGUCAUCAAUGUUUAAUUGUGCAGUUCGUCAAGAGUGGUCUUCUCUUGUCUCUUGUACCGGUCUAGCACAAUUUGAAUCUAGGAAAAGAUACAUAUCUGGAAUAAGACUAAUGUGGAACAAGGGUAAUCCAUUACCACUAAGCAAAAAAUGGAAUCCAUUUGUAAAAGAUAUACCAUGGCUCACAUACACCAGCCAUCCAUUAUUUUGGCAUAAAGGAUCAGAAGCAGACAAAGCGAAAUUUGACGUUGAUGGUUUGCAUUCGUCGAUUGUAGGUUUAUUGUCAUCGGAAUGUGUCAUAAGACCUGGCGCUAUUAUCGUAGAAAAUUAUUUUGGUUUAGGUGCUUUAGUACACAACAGAAACGGAUUAGGUUUCUUCAAGAUUCGGGGUAAAAUUAGCUUUUAAAGAUUGUGGUUACAGAUUUAUAAUUUCUCUUCAAUUUAUCAUAGAAAUUUCCAUUUCAAUUCCUAAUCUUCAUAUAUCUAUUUGCAAAAUUUACAGUAUUUAUAAAGAAGUUUCAAAAACUUAUAACGAUAUAAGUAUAGUUUAAGUAGAGAAACUUCUCUACAGAUUUAUAUUUAUUUAAUCCUAUUUAAUUAUUUGCUUAUAUCGCAUGCAUACAGAGCGUGCCAUAACUUGUAGAAACCCACUUUAACGGAAGGCCGGAUUAAAGCUUUCGAGGUGUGGGUCUGAGGAACGAUUCGAAGCUCCCUUGAAAAGUGGAGGAUAGCGGGAUUUGUAGGUAUUUUUAAAAGCGGAAGCGUCGUUUUAAAAAACUCUUUCAUCCUGUUUUUCUCCGAAAGUCACUUAUAACCCGGAAAGUUAAACAAAUUUUUUCAUUUAAGUAUUUAUAAGCAUUUAUUUUGUUAUUUGAAAAAGUGAGGUCCCUUGAAGAAUGGGGCCCGAGACUAUAGCUUCCCCCUUAAUUCGUGUCUUCUUCAGCGGCGUAUGAGGGCUACGAAAACAACGAUAAGAAGUCGCAGUUACUUACGUUAGAACUCAGGAACAAGAUCGAACAAGGUACACGCUCAUUCUUUAUUGUUUUUAUUCUCCAUAUGUCGCUGAAGGUAUCCUACGUGUUACGAAGCAUUCCGAAUAUUAUAAAAAGUUUUAUUAUCUAAAAUCGUACCGUACCUGGUUGAUACGAACUUAAAAAUAAGUGUGUAUGCAUGUACAGUGGUGUGUGUUUAGCCGUAAUAAUUACGUAUGUAGAGUUGUGGUUAGAUUAGGAGGUCUCUGGAAUUGUUGGCUCGGAGCGAGCCUUGGCGUUAUCUUCAAGGUUGUGCCAUAAUUAAUGCAGUACAGCGACAAAUCCGACCAACCAACCGACAAAAGGUUGUUGUUUUAUAUUACCUGUUUAGUUACGAACUAUACAUUUUAGGAUUUGUACCGAAAAAAACUUCUUACAAGCUUUCUAUGACGAAGUCUAAGUCUAAGAAAAAAGGUUGUAGUUCCUAACUAAUUUUAUUAAUUUCUCGUUAUGCAUUCGCUAAUGUAAACAUUUAUAUUUUUUUUUCUACGAUAAUAUUUGCUUGAAUCGAAUUGUGCCACGAAUGUAUUAUGUAUGAACGAGUGAUACAAAUCGGUAUUAACACGACAGAAAAGAAACGAAGGACAUUCCAUGAUCGUAUUUAGAUUGGCAACGCGUGGCUGUGCAGUUUGUUAUUUAUUGUAUGUAUACACAAUUUUGCGAAGUUAUUAAUUUCCCGAAGUGCAUGAACGACCUAUUUUAUGAAAUAGAUGGAUGGAAAAGUAUAAAAAUCGUGUAUUAGCGGAUAAGGAAUGGGAAAAAGUAGCAGAACAUAUGCUUUGCGCUCUCAGCUAACUAAAUAAUACAGUAGGAUAACAAUAUUUAUUGUAAACCAGGAAAAAUAAUAAUCUGAACUUCAGUGUCGAUGUAAAUAUGGCGUCGGCGAAACAAGUUGUCAGCAACCCCAAGAUAACUUGUUUUUUUUAUUAGUUGCGGGUGUUUUUCACUUGCGAUUGUUUCUUAUUUUCUUUUACUGUUUUGUGAUAAGAGGGAUCAGAUCUCGUUUCUCUGCUUUUUCAAUUACAGAACGCGUAACCUAACAAUGCUGCAAUUAAACAAA